AGUAACGUGAACCAGGAAAAAACAAGACCACCAUGUCCAGCCAGCAGAAUGCUAUAAUAUGCUAUGAUGACUGGAAUCCUUGUUAACCAAUUCCAGCACCCACAUGUCACCCCUCCCUUGAGACCAGCAUGAAGGUCGAAGGUCACGCCACUUCUGCAGACUCAUUUCAUCCCUCACCUGCCCAUGGUCACCUGUGUGGUUGCCUGGGCCAGAAACAAGUACCCAAAUGUAGCAUUUGAAAGAUUUCUACUUUCCUCUCCGCCUCCUCGAGAACAGCACGUAACUGCAAUGCAGUCUGUACGGCAGGACAGAGGGAAGGAAAAGCCAGAGCCAGGUCUUGAGCUGAGGAGGGCAGAGUCGUGUGGACUGCCCUCAGGACUGGGUGAUGCUGUCAGGGAGCAUGAACCCCGUGUCCCCGAGGGUCCUGAGCGCUACUCGGCCAUUGGAUCGGAUCACCAGGUGGGUGAUACUGCCAUUGUUGAGGGAGCAAUGGAGCCAGCCUUCGGGAGGAAACUGCAGCGCUGUGCCCUGUCACCGGCAACGAAUGACACUGGCGUGACAUCGGAAGCUCUCCUAAUUAUCUUCCCCCUGCUUGGCAUGCCCCGAGGGAUGCAGUUUCGGAGCGCUGCCUCGAUCCGCACUCCAUCUUCACAACACGCCCAGUGGCCGCUUCCAGUGAUACCCUGCCAGGCUGGCUUGACAAGGGGGCUUCCCGCCCCAGGUCUGUGUGGACUUUGCAGACGUUUGGCAGGUGCCUGUUGCUGA